AUGGCGUCUCAAGUUCUCCCACUGGAACUCAUCGACCGAUGUAUUGGUUCUAGGAUAUGGGUGAUCAUGAAGAAUGACCGCGAGUUCACCGGGACGCUGCUUGGGUUCGAUGACUUCGUCAAUAUGGUCUUAGAGGACGUGACUGAAUUCGAGGUGACGGUCAAGGGCCGCAAAAAGACAAAGCUCGCGCAGACGCUGUUGAAUGGGAAUAACAUCUGCAUGUUGAUUCCUGGUAGCGAUGGGCCUGACAGCUCAUGA